AAGUAAUAUCCUUAGGGUUUAGAGGGAACAUAUUGGUGUUUGUUUAUCAUAAAAUUAAAAAUAGUACAAUCCAUCAAUCUGUUUGAGUUGAAUUGAAACUUUUGGAGAGAGAAAAGAAAACAAAAACAAAACAUCAAUCUGCAUUUUGGCAUUGGGCUCUUCUUGUUUAGUUUGUUUGUUCCAAUCCAACGUUGGUUUGGUUGUGUGUGUGUGUUUGUGUUGGGAAGAAUAGGAAUAGCAUUGGGAAUCAAUCAGCGACCCCAUGAGACCUCAGAGAACGUCGAUCCACGCCGUCACGACAUGGGUGAGGCGACAGCCCCCAAAGGUGAAGGCUUUUCUCGCCGUCGUUUCCGGCAUGGCGGCUCUCGUGCUCCUUCGCUUCAUCGUCCACGAUCAUGACAACCUCUUCGUCGCUGCCGAGGCCGUCCACUCCCUCGGAAUUUCCGUCCUCAUCUAUAAGCUCAUGAAGGAGAAGACAUGUGCUGGGUUAUCACUCAAAUCCCAGGAAUUAACAGCUAUCUUUUUAGCUGUAAGGCUGUACUGCAGUUUUGUCAUGGAAUACGAUAUCCACACCUUACUUGAUUUCGCUACUUUCGUAACAACAGUGUGGGUUAUAUAUAUGAUUCGUUUUAAGCUCAAGGCUAGCUACAUGGAGGAGAAGGAUAACUUUGCAAUAUACUAUGUGGUGGCACCAUGUGCUAUGUUAGCCUUACUCAUUCAUCCAUCAACUUCUCAUCAUUUAUUAAACAGGAUUUCCUGGGCAUUCUGUGUAUAUCUAGAAGCUGUCUCAGUCCUGCCCCAACUGCGGGUCAUGCAGAACACCAAGAUUGUUGAGCCAUUCACAGCUCACUACGUAUUUGCACUGGGUGUUGCAAGAUUCUUGAGCUGUGCUCAUUGGGUUCUUCAGGUGUUAGAUAGCCGUGGGCAUUUGUUGGUGGCCUUGGGGUAUGGUUUAUGGCCAUCAAUGGUUCUUAUCUCGGAAAUUGUCCAGACCUUCAUCUUAGCAGAUUUCUGUUACUAUUAUGUCAAAAGUGUCUUCGGGGGACAGCUUGUUCUACGUCUUCCCUCUGGAGUGGUGUGAUUGAAGAUCUGCUUUGGUGUGUACUGUCACAUUUGAUUUUAACUUAAUCAGGCAUUAUGGUUGGUUACCCUUGUUCGAGUACAUUGUGUUGACACACUUGUUUGGUUCCUUGGUGGAAUGUAAAGUUGGGGAUGAAAGAAACUAAAGAUAUUUAUGUUUAGGUUACUGUUAUAUAUGGUUGGAAGUGCUUUACACGUAAAGUCUCUAUUUGCUUGGACUCUUGGAAUUUAGUUAUUGUUAUAACUAUUCCAUGUGCUCAAGUUCUACAGUAAGUCUUAGAUUGAACCCUGCCUACGUAAAAAUAUGUGGACUGUGCGCGGUUUUGAUCUAUUGCAUGCAGUUGAAUACUGCGAGUUUUAUGUAUGUUGCAUUGCAGAAAACAAAUCUGAAUUAUUGAGUCCAGAGAUGUUAUCUUAAAUCUUAAUGUUGCAAUUCCUC